UGAGAGAACCAAAACAAAAACAAGUCAAUUUUAUGUUUAGAUUUAGAAUUUCGGUUAAUUUCACAAAGGUUUUUAGUGAAUUUUGAAGAAUUACAUUAACGUUUACGGUUCGGUAACAUACAGUAUCAAUUUUCAUACUCUUGUAUAAUACGGCAGUUAGUCAGAUAUUACGAUGAGUCCCAAACCAAUAUGUCGAGUGUGUGCGAAUGUUUUUCCGGCGGAGGGAGAACUUCAAAGAUUUGAGUCUAUCUCCGGUAUUUACUUCAGGCUGACUGCCUUGCAGAAAACUGAUGUCAGUCUGCCUGAAGGCGCGUGUCAAGGUUGUUGCGAUAAGCUGUUUCAAAUCGACAACUUCCGGACGGAGUGCCUGGAAGCUUACGAACAACUGACGAAAAAGGGAAUUGCAAAUUUCGUAGAUCUGGAAGAUAUCAAAGAAGAACUAGAAAAUGAUACAGUUCACGAGUCAGCGAUAAAGGUGCCGAACCCUGCCGAAGUGGUAGAAGUUAAAGUGGAAAUGUAUGACAAUCGUGCAGAAUCGACGGAUGAUAAUGAUUCAUCGGAUGAUGAUGAAGCAAAUAAUGACGAUGAUGAUGAUGAAGAUUAUGUAGCUGAAGAGAACACCGGCAAUGAUGGGGAAUCCGGAGGCAAAAAAUCCAAAAACAAAGCAUCAUCGAAGUCCAAGAAGAAAUCCAAAGAUUUGAAAUAUAAUAAAAUACAUUGCGAUCAAUGUGUCAAGUUCUUCUAUAAUGAGGCACGCUACCACGCCCAUAUGCGCGUGCACAAGGGCCUAGCGCCGGCCACCUGCGAAAUAUGCAACAAGGAAUUUGCCAAAUUCACCUACCUAAAGGUGCACAACGAGAUGAUGCACUCGGAAGACAAGCAGAAGAUCAUGUGCGAUAUAGUGGGAUGUGGACGGUCGUUCGCAACCUUGGCCGGCAUGACGGCACACAAGAAUGUCAAACAUUUGGGUAAGCCCGUCGUCACGAAGGAGCACGUUUGCGAAUACUGCGGUAAAGUGUUCAGAAGCUACUCGAUGUUGAAACUGCAUCGUGAUAAGCACCACGAGGGCAUUAGGAAACAUACCUGUACCGUUUGCGGCAAGUCACACGACAGUCGACACAAGCUGAAGUUCCACAUGCUGCGCCAUGAAGGAAUUAAACAGUACACAUGUCAUAUAUGUGGGGCAAAGAAAACCACACCCACGGAGUUGAAAAUCCAUGUCAAUCGACACACCCGCGAGAAGAAGUAUCCUUGCGGGCUGUGCGACGCCGUAUUUCUAAGUACAGGAAACAAAAGUCGCCACGUGCGGCUGGUACACCAGGGUAUUAAAAACUUCAAGUGUACGUAUUGUGAUCGGGCCUUUGGAAAGGCAGAAACUCUUAAACAUCACGUGAUGAUACACACUGGAGAGAAACCGCACGAGUGCCAACUGUGCGGUAAACGAUUUAUUCAGUUGGUAGCCCUGCAGACACACAUGAAGACGCACAAUAAACAUUUGCAACCACCGAUAGGUUCCUGAAUGCGAUAAAUAGUCCUCGCUUCAUGGAAAUGUGUAGAAAGUAUGAGAAAGCCGUGAGUAUUUGUUUACAUUCC